CACAGGGACACAUGGAUUCUAACCGCCAUACUUCCUGCACUGUCCGCGAUGCGGGCACGCUGAUGAUUGGCGAGGAGGGUUUCUGCAGGUUGCCGACUUGCAGGCAGCCAUCGGAGCGGAAGCCACUCUCGGAGGCUUGACCGGUUGCAGCCAUGCAGACGUCCGUGUUUCCCCGGCGCCCCCGCGGGACGGAGGACGGCGACACCAGGGGCGCCCACUUGGCCGGGCGCUUCGCCAGCGACCGCAACUCCCUGUUCGGCGCGACGCGGGCGGUCGUCGUGGCCGCGCAGUUCUUCGCGCUGCUGCCCGUGCACGGCAUCACCGGCCCCAACGCCUCCGCCCUCGAGUUCCGGUGGCGCAGCGCCCGUACCGCCCGCAGCCUCCUGAUGGCGGCCAGCCACGCCGUCGCCUUCUGCUUCUGCAGCAACAGGUUCUUCUCCGCGCGCUUCACCUUCUCCAACAUCGCGCAGGUGAUCUUCUUCCUGUACGCCUGCGGCAUGACGCUGGCGUUCGUGCGGCUGGCGACCCGCUGGCCUGGCAUCGCGCGCCGCUGGGAGUGGGUGGAGCUGGAGACGCGUGGCUACGGACACCCGCGCGGCCUGGCGCGCAAGGUGCGGGCCAUCGCGGCCAGCGCCCUCGCGCUUGCCGCACUGGAACACGUGUUCUCCAACGUGAGCAAGCUGCGGCGCGGCCUGCUGUGCUCGCGCGGCGGCGCCGACUGGGUGCGCGCCUACUUCGUCAACAACUACUCGCACGUGUUCGCCCUGACGAACUACUCGGUGUGGAAGGGCGCGGCGACGCUGUACGUCAACGUCAUCGCCACGUUCACCUGGACCUUCGCCGACCUGUUCCUCAUCGUGGUGAGCGUGGCGGUGGCCGCGCGGUUCCGCGCGCUCAACGAGUUCCUGCGCGGCGUGCGCGGCAAGGAAGUGUCGCACCGACUGUGGGGGAAGGUACGCAGAGACUACAACCAGCUGACACGCCUCGCAGCACGGCUCGACUCCUGCCUGUCCGGUCUGGUGCUGCUCUCCUUUGCCAACAACAUGUACUUCAUCUGCCUACAACUCAACUACAGUCUCAGGCUCAGGGGGCUGACGCUGGACGCAGCCUACUUCUACACGUCGCUGACCUUCAUCGUGCUGCGCGCGGCCGCGGUGCUCUUCUGCGCGGCGAGCGUGCACGACGAGAGCAAGCAGCCCAAGAGGAUCCUGCAGUCCGUGCCGUCGCGCAGCUACUGCCUGGAGGUGGAACGGCUGCUGCUGCAAGUGUCGUGCCACGACGUCGCCUUCACCGGCCUGCACCUCUUCUCCGUCAACCACAGGCUCAUCCUCACGGUAUUCAGCGCAGUGAUCACCUACCAGAUCGUCCUCAUUCAGAUGAACGCAUCGUCCACGUACGAAUAUAGCGUUCCAUCAGGGUUCAACGCCAGCACGGACUGUCUCCAGUGA